CUGAAGAUGACGGAUUCUGUUGUAGUGGAGGGAUAUGCCAGACUCAGAGAUGGGAAAAAGUGGAAAACUAGGUGGCUCGUCCUUCGCAAGCCGUCGCCUGUAGCAGACUGCCUCCUGCUGCUGAUUUUCAAGGACAAGUCGGACAAGGCGCAGGGCCACAAGGAGAGGGCCAGCGUCACCUUGCAGGAGAUCUGCGGCGUGGAGGCGGGACAGUGGUACGAGGGCGUGGCGUUCACUCUGGCCAUCCUUUGCCUGAAGCAGGCUGCUCUACUGGGCUUCGACAGCAAGGAGGCCCUGCAUGCGUGGGACGCCCGGCUGCGCUACAGCCUCGGCGAAGUUCAUCGAUUCGGGGUCGGAGUCUUACCGGGGACCAAGUUAGAGAGCGGACCCGCAACUCUUCAUCUGUGCAACAACCUGCUCGCUCUGGCCAGGGACGUCCCCCCCGUCAUCAUCGGCCACUGGAACCUCCCAGACCUGCGGCGCUAUGGGCCCGUCCCCCACGGCUUUGUGUUCGAGGGAGGAUCGCGAUGUGGUUACUGGGCCGGCGUUUUCUUGCUCGCGUCUGCUGAGAGCGAGCAGAUCAGCUUUCUGUUCGACUGCAUCGUCCGAGGCAUCUCCCCCACCAGAGGCCCUUUUGGACUGCGGCCAGUCCUGCCAGCAGACCCCGGUGCCGGGCAGACGAAUUCGGAAGAGAGGCUGAACCACGAGGCCGAGGAGCUGGAGAAGAGGCUGAGCACGCUCUCUCACAGGAGCAGCACAGUCUCGUCCUCAUACUGCCCGUCUGCUGGGGGAGACGACCGCAGCACAUCCGGCUCCUCCGACACGUCCAGCCAAUCGGACGGCAGUAUUGGCAGCCGGCUGGCCAUUUGGACCGAGCCGGCCUCCAACCCGUCCGACGCCGUUGGCCACGCGGGCGCUAAAGCGGCGUCACAGGGCAUCGAGAAGCUCUUCGUCAGCCCGGGAGGCGGAAGCCGGCCUGUGGCCAACCCCCCCCGGCAGCUCCAGGAGAUCGGCCGCCAGAGCUCGUCCGACAGCGGCAUCGCCACCGGCAGCCAUUCCUCGUACUCUGGGAGUUUCUCCUCCUACACAGGCAGCCUGGACAUCACCGCCGGAGAGGACUUCGGGUCCGUUUUCAGCCUGCCUCCCCACUUGGCUCAAGAACUGAGCCCUUGCUCUUGCGUUUCUGUCCCCGGACGUGAAUACCAAGUGCCGACGUCUCUCCGGUACCUCUACGACAGCCCCAGGAGUCUGCUCCAGGAGGGAGGCGGGGACGCUAAAGACGAUGAACCCUCCACCCCAACGAAGGACACCCCGGCCUCCUCGGGCCUCACAACCGACUCGGCUCAGGAGGAUAAAAGCAGCGAAACUCCUGAGAGACAGUCAAAGAGCGAACACUUACAAAUCCCUUCAGAGGAGGGUAAGAAACCCAGGUCGGCCUCGAGCGAACAGCCCGACUCCCGUCACACCGCCGGCUCCCUCACAUCUGCCUCCAAAACCAUUGUGACCAUCUGCUUAGUUUGCGGUGGAUUUAAGGGGACCUCAUGCAUCCCUUCCAGGGGUUCAGCGAUACCCGCCAUCCCAGCAGAUCAAAGUGUUGACAAAUCGCCCUCCACGUCCAGUAAGUACUAUAUCGCAGUGAGGACAGUUCUGGAGAAACCCUGUGCCUCGCCUCCUGGCUCUGGAAAGAUCCGCAGCUUAGAGAAGCCCACGGGGAGGAGAAGGGAGGAUUCACCGCUGCCAAAAGAAGGACGAGAGAAAUUAGUCAGUCUCUUAGCCGAUCUGCUCGGCUUCCCAAAUGCAGAGAGGCCGCGCGAGGCGAACGGACUGAGCCUCUAUGAGUCGAUGAGCCCGGGUUUCACAUCUGCAUCGACUGGCACCCGCGCGCCAUCGCAGGACGCCGGAGCGGCCCUGUAUGAAAACUGCUUGAAGUGUCGAGGCGAGCGCUGCCGCCCUCCUCCACGGCCCGCCCCCGCUCAAAUGAAGCGCGACGCCAGCGCUUCCACUUUGAAAACCUUUCCAACCGGGCCGCGCCUCAAGGAAAGCCAAGAAGCCGAAGUCGCGUUCAAAGAGACGAACGGUCCAACGGCGCCCGGCGAAGACAAAAGGCUUAAGAGUAAAGAGGAAAGACGCAGAGCUGAUCCUUCUUAUGAGAUCAUGGAGAGUCGGGCGCCGGAGAGGAACCCGGAGGCAGAAGAGAAAAGCAAGUACGAGCUGAUGGGCAGCUGCGGUCAGCAGAGGUUCCUUCACGACACUCAAGCGGCCGUGUCGGUCGGCCCCCCGGAGGCGGCGCUCCCAGAACGGCCUCGCAGCGAAGGUGUGACCUAUGUGAAUAUUCCCGUUAGCCCCACAUCCAAGAAGCAGCUCAACUACAUGGAGCUGGAGCUGCAGGAGCCUGGUCCUGGUCCUGGUCCUGGUCCCCGAGGGACCGUCGCACAUCUCGCCCCUCAGAGAAAGAGCUCCACCAAGUACGCCCAGAUUGACAUCACCGCGACAGAGACGGCCCACAAAGUGGGCACGCAGCACGCCCUGGGCCGGCAGGAGGGCCUUCACGCCCUGGACCUGAGGAGGAAGGGGACGCCACACUGAGGCCUUCAGCAGCGCUCCAUCUCAGCCGGCUGUUUGGAACGGUGUGCGACAGCAAAGUGUGCAGGAACCAACUCUGAGAAGGUUCUUUUUUUUAGUAGAGACUGUUUCCAAGAAGAGCCUCACCAACUGGUCCUUACUAAGCCUGGUCCUCCCUGCCAGGCGAGUCUUUAUAAUGGACUAGAAAGGACUAUAUGGGGAAAUUUAUGAUGGAGGAUUGGAGAAAAAGAAAAGGAAAUGUCACAGAUAUUGAGAUCCAAUAGUUCAUGGAGCUGUAAUCAGGGUUCGUACGGUCAUGGAAAACCUGGAAAAGUCAUGGAAUUUUAAAAUGGUCAUUUCCAGGCCUGGAAAAGUCCUGGAAAAAACGUAAACCAUAAAAGUUUUGGAAAAGUCAUGGAAAUGUGUUAUAAUCACAUGUUCAUUUACGCGGAGUUUAAAAUAAUGAAUGUGUGUUUUAAAGAAAGACGCUCAAAAUAUAAGCCGACGUACGCUCUCAAUACGCACAAUUUUCUAAAUUGAGAUUUCAGUUUGGUCAUGGAAAUUUGGUUUAAAGUCAUGGAAAAGUCAAUGGGUUUUGAUUUCAAAGGAAUAAAGAAUGAUCUUCUGACUAUUGAGCUGAGUUGGUCAUAACUGGGCUCUCCCAGACUGACCUGAGACCAGAAGUAAGCGCUGAUGGUGUCCAAUGUGGGAUCAGGUCUCUGCUACUUUGCCCUCCACCCGUUCUCUGAGAGUCAGACGUCAUAGCAAAGCAACCGGAAGACGGAGCACGAGAGUCUGAGCAACGUUUUCAAUCUCUUUGAGUGGCAUUAUGUCAGGAGGAAGAUGUGCAAGUCCUGAGCGGAGUCACUGGCCCCAAUAGUUGUUUGUAUGUUUAUAUUUAGGGAAACAUUUCAUCCAGUCUUGCUCACAAUGCCAAUUUCAGACUGUUAGAAGUUGUCGAAACAAUGUGGGAGUAAAUACAGGAUAACGGAGGCUUCUGCAUGAUACUUCCGUUUGGCCUGGUGAGCGAUGGAUUAAUGUUCAUGAUGAACCGAAUCUUUGUAUUAAUAAUGCAAAGCAGAGAGGAGAUCGAACAUCAAUGGAUUUUAUUAUCACUCUGUAACACCAAGUGUAGCCCAUAUUUCACUGGCCAUCAUUUAUCAAACUUGUGUAUUUUAAGUUUUCUUUUUUUACUCUAAAAUGGUUAAAUAUUUGUCAUUAUUAUUCCUAAUUUUGUGUGUACACAUAAGCAUUUCUACUAAAAGUAAAAUAGGUGUUAAGUGUUUUGAAGGGGUAUCUUAGUAGCCCAUUGUAGUCCUUGUUUUAGUCUCAUGCUGUACUGUGAUUACACUUUAUUUUCAUAUCUGUAAAUACAUUUUCUUUAUAUUUAGAUGAUCUGGAUUGUUAUGAAAUAUACAUGUAAAGACAUUAUGUAUGUACAGAAAUGAUGAGUUCAAAUAAUGCCAUUUUUCAUGUAAAGUAUUUCUAACAUAAUAACUUAGAUGGGAAGGUUCAGUAAUGUUAGAGCUACAGUAGGUCAUAUAUAUCAUGUAUGGGACUUUCCCCCAUAUACAGCUGUUAACCGGUUUGGUAAGGUGUUAUUAUUAUACAAAGCAUCUUUUAAUUAUUUAUUUUCAUUCAGCACGAAGCAUUUGAAUAACUGAACUAGAGUAUUAAUGUAAUUACAGCUGUCCCAUUUUUUUCAAAUUAUAUGCAAAAUGUUAACUCCUGAAAUAAUUAAACUCUUAAAUUGUUAGUAAGAAAGUUAUGAAUUUGAAGGUGUUAAAAAAAUGAAGCCAAUACAAAUUGAUGGAUAACAUAUACUAUAAAAUGACUUACAAAAUAAUUAAAUUAGCUAAUGAAUCAUUGAAGUCACCAGAAUGAUUUGGACUUUUGGAAAGAAUCAUUAAAUAAAUGUAAAAUGCUUUGAGUUAUAACUUGACGUUAAUCCUUUAAGUUACGUGCCUGCCUGUAUGCUAAACAUCCUUUGAUGUCAGAUGUCUAAAAGUGUUGGCUCAUACCAUUCUCAUAAAAGAGGUCAUCGUACAGUAUGCAUUUAAAAAGACAGAAAGAAUGCCAUAAUGAUGUUGUGAGAAGUCAUGUUGUAUUAUGUCAUCGUAAAGUAUUUUAUAAAAGUCUAAAAAAGUCAAA